AUGGCGGCAGCCAAUGUCCGACAGCCGGAGCCCAACACACGGGAUAAACACAGACAGAUCCUCCUCGGCAGAUAGACCGCGCACCGCACUGACUCACGGUGCUACUUUUUUCCCCCCAUUGUUUGAAACACCCAACCGCACAACUGGCUUCAUACAGCGCAAGAGGGAGGGUGAAGAUGGUGAAGGAUCCAAAGAAGCCACGGGGCAAAAUGUCCUCCUAUGCUUACUUUGUGCAAACAUGCAGAGAGGAGCAUAAGAAGAAGCAUCCCGAGGCCAGCGUCAACUUUUCAGAGUUUUCCAAGAAAUGCUCUGAGAGAUGGAAGACGAUGUCACCAAAAGAGAAAGGCAAAUUUGAAGAUAUGGCCAAACUAGACAAAGUGCGCUAUGAGAGAGAAAUGAAGAAUUACAUCCCCCCCAAGGGACAGAAGAAGAAGCGAUUUAAGGACCCCAAUGCUCCCAAGAGACCACCGUCCGCAUUUUUCUUGUUCUGUGCAGACUUCCGCUCCAAGGUAAAAGGUGAGAAUCCUGGACUUACCAUCGGCGACACUGCAAAGAAACUGGGAGAGAUGUGGAACAGCUCGUCUGCAGAAGACAAGCAGCCGUAUGAGAAGAAGGCCGCCAAGUUGAAGGAGAAAUAUGACAAGGAUAUUGUUGCUUACCGCACAAAGGGCAAAGUCGACUCUGCAUCAGCUGCUGCGGCCGAUGACGAUGACGACGAAGAGGAAGAAGAUGAAGGAGAGGAGGAGGAGGAUGACGAUGAGGACGACGACGAUGAGUAGAUCUCACAGGGAUGGGACCUGCAGUUUUGUUUAUGCCAUAAUAAUCCUAAUAUACUCAAUUCACCAUCUUGGAAACAGAAGUCAGACUGAACAAGAACAUGUGUAUAUUUAAUGUUUUUAAGAUGUACAGUGUUAUUCUCCUUUUUUUUGUAAAGUUAACUCUACAUAUCUUGAGUUUGGAAUUUUCUAGUGGUAGUUCUUUAUCCCUGCCAUAUUAUGUAACUAUUUAGGAGGACUACAAAUCAGUAUGAAAAGUAACUAGUCUUUAGGUGUUGCAACUCAAAAAUGAGAUUUCUGAGUUGGUAGUGUAUUUUUGUUUGUUCUGAAAAAUAUUUUUUUAUGUGCCGUCCUGAUGUCUUUUUAUUGUUCUUUGAAUACCACUCUAAUAUCAAAUGCAGCUGUCGACAUUCAAGAAUGUCUUCAAUAAAGGUCGUUUUUUUUUUUAA